AUGUUAGUUCCCCUUCCGCGAGUGAUCUGCCAUUUCCGAGAACGCCCGAUCGCCUUUGGAGGCGACAUCCAGGAAAUGUAUCACCAAAUACGCAUCAGAUCGGAGGACAAGCAGGCGCAGCGAUUCCUGUUUAGGUCAGGUAGCGAAGAGGCUCCACAGAUAUUCGUGAUGGACGUGGCGACUUUCGGAUCCACGUGUUCGCCCAGUUCAGCGCAGUAUGUGAAGAACGUCAAUGCGAAGCAUUUUGCGAAGAGGUACCCGGAAGCAGCAGAUGCAAUAGUCAAACGUCAUUACGUGGACGAUUACUACGACAGUGUGGACACCGUGGAAGAAGCGAUCAAGAGAGCCAACGAAGUGAGAUAUGUUCAUUCGUGUGGCGGUUUUCGAAUUAGGAACUGGGUGUCUAACUCCAAUGCGUUCCUGCAGGCGGUUGGCGAGCAAAGCGGUGAGUCGGCAGUACACUUUAGCGAAAAUAAGGCUGCAGAGUAUGAACGUGUGCUGGGCGUAAUAUGGGAUACGAUAGAAGACGUCUUCUGUUUUGAGACCGCUUCGAAGUUCGAGUGUUCCAAAGUCCUCCGAGGAGAAGAACGUCCCACCAAGCGGAUGGUACUCAGCAUAGUCAUGGCACAGUUUGAUCCGGCCGGAUUCCUAGCUCUAGUUACCAUCCUGGGUAAAAUGCUGGUGCAAGAUCUGUGGAGAACAGGAUGCCAGUGGGAUGAUGCGGUAGAUGACCUAUCAUACAAAAAGUGGACGCGGUGGACGAGCAUGUUGGCGAAUGUCCAGGCAUUUAAGUUGUCGCGCAGCUACUUCGGCACUGCGAGGUCCGAUGAAAUCCGGGACGUACAGCUGCAUAUAUUUGCGGACGCGGGUGAGACGGGGUAUGGAUGUGUGGCAUAUUUUCGUGCCAUUGUGCGUGGAGAGGUGAAGUGCACGCUAGUGAUGAGCCGGGCGAAAGUUGCUCCCUUGAAACAAGUGUCAAUUCCGCGCCUGGAGCUUCUGGCGGCGGUACUGAGUGCACGGAUGUCACAUACGGUGCGCGAAAACCACAGCAUAUCCAUUAGCAAAGUGGUAUUUUGGAUAGAUGCAGAGGUGGUACUAUCGUGGAUUAGAUCCGACCAGCGCCGCUAUAAACAGUUCGUUGGUUUCCGCAUCGGAGAGAUCCUGAGCUUGACGAGACUAGCAGACUGGCGGUGGGUUCCGACAAGGCUGAACGUUGCAGACCUGCUGACGAAGUGGGGAAAGGAUCCAGAUCUACAUCCGAGUGGUCCGUGGGUACGAGGCCCACAGUUUCUGUACGACCGGGAGGAAAAUUGGCCGAGGAAGAGUUUGCCGCCGGCUAAUACGACUGAGGAACUUCGGGUUCAUCUGUUGCUACACGACGUAAAGAUACCAGCGGUUCUUGUAGACGCGAACCGCUUCUCGAAGUGGACGAUCCUGGUCCGAACGAUAGCGUGCGUGUUUCGAUUUGUGACGAACUGUAGACGGAAAAAAGGGAAACUGCCGAUAGAAACGUUGCGAGCAACGAAAGGUCAGCUGAAGUCGCAUACAUCAAAUGCGGGUGCGUCGGUUCGACUACCACUACAGCAGAAGGAGUACGAGCAAGCAGAGCGAUGCUUGCUGAAGGUAGCGCAGUCGGAGAGUUUUAUCGAUGAGCUGAAGGUGCUGUCGAGGAACAAAGAUCGUCCGGCGAGCCAGUGGAUGGCACUUGAGAAGUCUAGUCCGCUAUACAAGCUGACCCCGCUGGUAGAUGAGUAUGGCUUGAUCAGAAUGGAGGGCCGCGUGGAGCGGGCAGAGUUUCUACCGUUCGACUUGCGGUUCCCAGUUAUUCUUCCGAACGACCACAGAAUUACGAAGCUGAUAGUCCAACAUUACCAUGAGAGGAGUGGCCAUGGAUACCGCCAGGCGGUUAAAAACGAGUUGCGGCAGCUGUACUACAUUCCGCAUGUAGAUGCAGUGGUGAGAAAAGUGUCGGCGGCCUGCGUCUGGUGUAAAGUACAUCGCUGUCGUCCCCAUGCUCCACGGAUGGCUCCACUACCAGUGCAGCGCAUUACGCCGAAUCUUCGGCCAUUUAGCUACGUGGGUGUCGAUUAUCUGGGUCCAUUUGACGUGACUGUAGGGCGUCGAACAGAGAAACGUUGGAUAGCGCUGUUCACAUGCAUGGUGAUACGAGCGGUACAUUUGGAGGUAGCCCACGGAUUGACAACACAGUCCUGUUUGAUGGCGAUACACCGGUUUAUCGGUCGCCGGGGCUGGCCGAUUGAAUUCUUCUCCGACAACGGGACGAAUCUGCGAGGAGCAAGCAAGGAAGUAGUAGAGGUUGUACAGGGCAUCAGAGAUGACUGUGCAGACCAGCUGACGAAUGGGGGCGUCUGGGAGCGGUUGGUGCGUUCCGUGAAGGAGGCGUUAACAGCGUUGAACGAUGGAAGGCGACUGACGGACGAGAUUUUGCAGACGGUAAUCGUUGAGGCUGAGGACAUCGUCAAUUCUCGUCCCCUCACCUACGUGUCGCAACAGAACAACGAGGCAGAAGCACUAACCCCAAACCACUUCUUGAGGGGUGGGUCACCGAAUCAGCCAAGCGGUACACCGCCGCCACCCAAUCCGGCAGUGGCUCUCCGGGACGCCUUCCAGCGGUCCCAGCAAAUAGCCAGCGUGAUGUGGGAUAGAUGGAUCAAGGAGUACGUGCCUUUGCUGAACCGGAGGUCCAAGUGGUUCGGCGAAUCAAGACCGUUGCAAGCAGGAGAUUUGGUGUAUAUCGUAGAUGGUACCAACCGUAAGUGUUGGGUUCGUGGAGUGGUAGAAGAACCCAUAGUGUCCGGAGACGGAAGGGUCCGUCAAGCGUGGGUGCGUACUAGCACCGGAAGGUAUAAGCGAGCGUCAGCGAGGCUGGCCGUGAUAGAAGUUGAGGAAGGUAACCCUGAGCCGGAAGUGGCCUCCGGGGCAGAGUUACGGGCCGGGGAAUGUUCUGGCAACCCUGCCCAGACGCAGCCGCAUCACAACCAAUAUUUGGCCGAUUAG